CAAAGGCGGAUAAUUCGCUUCAAAGGUUACAUCGUGGCCUUGACGCCCAACCUUGGAAAGAUGACCGUCGAUCAGAGCCACCCUACUUUGGAUGCAACACGCAAGACUUUUCUGGCACCUAUGGUACGUGUUUCAACACAUCCCAUGCGUCUUCUGUGUCUGGAAUAUGGUGCAGAUUAUGUGAUUUCUGAAGAAUUGAUCGACCAAAGAAUUAUCCGCUCUUCAAGGAUAGUAAAUGCUGAAUUGAAUACCAUUGAUUUCGUUCUACCCGGUGGUUCAGUGACAUUUCGUACAUCGGCGGAAGAGAAAAACCGCGUUAUUGUCCAAUUAGGAACUCCAGAGCCUGGGACAGCAUUACAAGCCGCCAAAAUGCUGGAAAAUGAUGUUAUGGGUAUUGAUGUGAAUAUGGGCUGUCCUAAAGCAUAUUCUAUAAAGGGUGGGAUGGGAGCAGCCUUACUGACAAAACCAGAAAUUGUCAAAGACAUUCUUACUACUUUGACUACAAAUCUCCGAAUUCCAGUUACUUGUAAAAUGAGGAUUUUACCUGAAUUAGAAAAAACAAUUGCUUUGGCUAAGCUAAUUGAAUCGACAGGUGUUGCAGCGAUCACAGUACACGGUAGAACGAUCAAUGAACGUUCAAUGCAUCGGAAUCGUAAUGAAGUUAUUCAAGCAAUAGCUCAUUCAGUAGGUAUACCUGUUUUAGCAAAUGGUGGUUCUCGUGAUAUAAUUAGAAAUCAUGAAGAUAUUGAAUAUUUUCGACAAUUAACUAGUGCAACCGGUGUUGUUAUAGCCAGAGCUGCUAUGUGGAAUCCUGCCAUAUUCAAAUCACUUCAAGUUGAUGAACCGUUACCUAAACUUGAGGAAAUUAUUUGUAGAUAUUUAACUCUGUCUGUUCGUUAUGAUCAUCAUAUAGCUGGUGCAAAGUAUUGUGUUUUACGGAUGUUACACGAUUUCGGUGGUACGCCGAUAUAUGAAGAUGUAUUAGCCUCGAAUGAACUACGUGAUCUAUGUGCCAUAUGGAAUAUGUUAGAUGUUUACGAUCAUGAAAUGUCUAAUCGACUAGAACGUUUAAAGAAUCAUCAACUUACAUUAAACAAUUCAACAGUUAAUUGUAAUCAAGAAAUAAUUUCAUCUCCUUCACUAUCAGUUUCUUCUGACUCUCUCUCAGUUCCAGAGAAACGACCUCGUGUAGAAGAACAUUUAUCAAAUACUACAACAGUAUUAGUGAAUGAUAAUAAUGUGCCUGGGGUAAAAAUAAAUAAUUUCGAGGAAAUUGUACUCUCUAUUCCAUAUGAACGUAGAUUUUGGCCUGAUCAUGGAACUAGUCCAAAACAAAUACUUCGUGAACACUGUAAAUUAUUAAAAUGGGAUUCACCUAAAUACGAAACUAUUGAAGAUCGUAACAAAAGAUCAUUUUUCAGCACUGUUUUAGUGAAUGGUAAACGUUAUCGAAAUACCAGUGCAUGUAAAUCAAAAAGGUAUGCUGAACAAGCAGCUGUAUUAGUUUGUCUACAUGUGUUAGGCAUACCCGAUGGAAAAGUUCACGCUGAUGAAAAUAAUAAGGUUAAUCUUAAUAAUAAAUAAUUUCACAUAAUAUUUUUUAUGAUUUGUAAACAAAACAAAAAUGUAACCAAAAGAGAGGUUUUCUUCAAUAUUUUGAUAAAUUUGAUUUUUGGAUAGAACAAUUGCUUUUUUAUUGAGUUAUGUAUUUGUUAACUUAUAUAGAGAUAUAACAUCAGCAUCUCCAGCCAUAUUCAACAAUUCUAGUUUUAGUUUUAAAACAAAUCUGUAGUUCCUCAGAUUUUUUUCCAAUACGUCCUGAUAAUGGUAACUAAACUAGGUUUGAAAGUUGUAUUAAAGAAUAAUCGCUUUCACUUCCAACUUGUGUCAUUUAUAGCGUAGGCUAGAUAUCCGUCUACCGACCAAAGGACGAGUGUACUGCGCAUCAGUUCGUUCCGUCCUUCUUUAUGGCAGUGAAACAUGGCCGGUAAGAGUAGAGGAUAUUCGUAGGCUACUAGUAUUCGAUCAUAGGUGUCUUGGAAAAAUUGCUCGUAUAUCCUGGGACCACGGAGUAUGUAAUGCAGUUGUUAGAAUACGGGUACUGGGUAAGGACGGCAAACCGAUUGAUGAAGUAGUGCAACUUCGUCAGUUGAGAUGGCUUGGACACGUGUUACAUAUGCCGAACCACCGACUGUCCCGACGUGCUAUGUUUUGUGGUGUAGGACUUGGAGUAGGUCGGGGAAAACUAGGGGUGGUCAAACCAAAACGUGGCACAAAUCCAUGAAAUCACUGAUAAGUGGAGUGAGUCAUGUUGGUAGGUGUAGAUUGCGUGGUUGGGAUCCGCGAUAUGGUAGCAACCGAUGGUUAGAGACGUUGAAUGACAUGGCUGAAAAUCAUUUGCAAUAGUGGGGGUGCAUCCACUCUUUGUGUUCUCCCAAAUUCUAAUCUGAAUUUUUCAUGUCCAUCCAUCGAUCAUCCAGUAUUAAAUACCAGUUAGUUUCUUUGCGCAGUUACAUUCAAGCUUGCUCGAUAGAAUCCCGUUGAUGCUAACACAAUUAAACAUUUCUAGUGUUAGUUGAUUGACGGUAAUUUGCAAGAAACUGUGUGUGUGGGUUUUUCACUAGUUGACACUCGUCAACAAGGCGUACGUGCGAUCUUCAGGGAAUUGAUGCUCCUCAUGGGAUUCGAACUUGUGCCACUUAGCUCCACAGUUUAUGAUGUUACCAACUAGCUGAUGUCUUGUUACAAUAUACGUAAUGUCGAUUCACAUAGACUAAUGUCCUCAUUACCACUUGUUUGAUAGAAUUCACUUACUGCUAAACGGCUAGAUAAAUAUGAUCUUGGUCACUACUUAAUGACUGAUCAUUUAUUUGUCAAUUGACAGUCAAUUAAAAGCUGAUGAAACGUCUAGCCGUUGCCAUAGUGAAAGGAACAAAAGUAAAAUAUUUUGUAAGAACUACAUGGCUGUCAAAUGAUCCAUUUAUAACUUCAUGUAGAGUUGAUUGUGAAUGAUGUUAAAUAUUAAGUUGGUGGUAGGAGGUAAUCGACAGGAAACCCUGAACUUUUGUGUUAUUUCUCACUCGUCAGCAAGGUGUACCUGUGAUCUUGAAGGAAAUGAUACUCCCUGUCGGAUUCGACCACUUGUCACCCAGCUUCACAGUCAGAAGUAAGCACCUGAUAUACAUGACAUUGUUCACAACUCAGUGAUCAAUCCGACAGGUAGUAUCAUUUCCCUCAAGAUUACAGGUACACCUUACUGAUGAGUGCGAAAUAAUACAAAACCUAGGCCCAGGAUUUCCUGUCGACUACCUCUAGACACCACCUUACAUCUCAACGCAGUGCACAUGAUGUCGAAUCACUUAGACUAAUGAUCAUAUUGUAACUUGAUCGAUAGAAUUAGACUCAGAUCAAGAAGAACUUGACAUACAUCUCAUUGGUCACUACUCAGUGGUCAAUCAGUUGUAAAUAAUUAGUAGUAGAAGAGUGAAAAUAUGCAACAAGUUAUCAAUUAGUCAUAAUCAACGUAGAACUUUGCAUAAACAUGGAUUUUUUCAAUUUUUCAUACUAUUACAACAAAAUGAAAAUAAUAAAAUAAAUAGCAAGAGGUUCAAAUCAUUUUGAUAGCAGUAAUAAUCGAGAAGUAUAUGAUUUAUGAGAACAGAAUGAGAUAUGUAUCCAGAGAAUACCGAAACCUAAAGUGUAGGGUAAGAUGAAGAGUAAAUACAUCUGCCCCAUUGUGACCGAUUGCAAGCCAAAUCACCCAACACUAACUUCUGUUAUAGCGAAGUCAGCUAAAUAGUCUGUAUCUACCAGGAUGAAUAAAUUAUUGAUCAACGACUUGAUGUGCUGGUGCCACGUUAUAUCAAAAGUUAGAAAUAAUGAAAAAAGUGAGAGUUUGGUUCUAGAUGUAUCAUUACUUUCGUUAGUAUUCAUUCUUGUCUUCUUUCUGCAGUAAGUAGACUGCUAGUGUUUAGCCUAUAUACUUGAUUUGCUCAGCAGUACAACGCCGUAGUAGAAAAUUAAAUAAACACUGAGAACUAACAAGUCAAUCAAAAGGUUCUGUGUCUAAAUGUCUACUUUACUUUCAAAAACACUUAAAGCACAUCAUAAAUAUAGAUAGAUUGAAAAAUAUUAUAAAUCAAAGACAACACACGUUUAUAAUUAACACAAAUAUCAAACAACGAGAUUAAUUUUAGCUCUGCAUCUCUGAGGUAGUGAAAUAGUCUGAGUUAAAUAUGAUUCUAAAUAGUAGUGUGUACUGAAAAAAGGACAAUUCUAAAUAGAAGAAUUAGCCGAGAUAUUGAAAUGAACGCAUAAACAGAUAAAAUAAUUAGUUCGUUGAAAUAACUAAAUAUCACAUGUAGCAAUAGGUAAGCCGUAAAAUGGUUAUACUACUUGUUAAGAAUAACAAACCAUAAAAAUAUUGAGAUUGUGAAACUUUCAAACCAACUGUAAUUAUUUGAAUAAUUCUGCCGAGUUAGCAUAGGAGAUGACUGAAUUAGAAGUGUUACAUUGUGAACUGAUUCUGUGAUGUGUGCUACUUUUGCUGAUAGAUAUCAGCAGUAAGUAGCACCAAUCGGAAGUAGAAUUCCUACCAUCAGAAGAUUGAAUUCAAGAGAACAAGAAGGGUAAUAGAAAGCAGUUGUAAUAACAGAAUUGGAAGAACCAUGAAACUUGUAAGGAGCAACUAAAGGAAGAUGUGCAAAUAAUUUAUUUAAUGUAUGGUUCUCAAUUUUUACGAAUCCAAUAAUAAAUAAGCUUUCACAAUCAUGGUCAUCACGUUCGGUAGUGAAUCCCUGAAUUUAAAAUCACUGAAUAAGCGGUUAGUGGUUUGCAUUUUUAACACCAGUGAAUUCGCGAUAUUGUGUGGCCUUUGUGGAUUCCUUUCUCAUCCCCUAUUGAUCCUUGUGAUCCAUCUAUUACAGCUUCUCAACUGAAAUCCUAAUAUUUCAUCUUUAAGUCACACGAUUAUUUUUAGUAUAAGAGGUAAGUGGACACUGUCUGAUUUUUAAUUUACAUCACUAGUUCCUAGGUUCAAUGAACUCCAACCCUUCUUUUUUGAGAUUCAGUUUAUCCUACUCAAAAUUUAUAAGUAGCUCAAUAAUCUUAGCUUAAACAUUUCAAAAUGAAAAAAAUUACGCUUCAGCUUGACAAUCAAGAAUUUCGUGUGGAUAACCCAGAGACAAGCUACGAUGUAAAGAUCAUACAGUUCAUUGGUUUGGUUAAACUGACAAUAUAAGAAGUCAUGUUUUUCAACCAAUCUGAUUAUACUGUAUAUUGUAGUAAACUGUUUGUAUACUAUAAAUUAUUUAAUAAUAUCGAUAACUUCAAUACCCUAUACUAUCCUCAAAACAAUAAAUCAGAACUAUCUAGCUGAGAUCUUCAAAUCUACAUCGUCCACUUGUAGUUUAGCUAAAGCUUCAAGACUGAUGUUGUGGUUGUGUACCAUCAUGUUGAUAUCCUUUCUAGAUAGAGCGUCAGCGACAAUGUUGGAGGAGCCUUUGAUGAACUGGAUGUCCGUAGUGAAUUGAGAAAUGUAAUCCAGUUGUCUGGCUUCCCGUGGAGAAUGUUUGUCGUAGGUCGUGUUGAAGGAAAAGCAAAGUGGUUUAUGAUCAGUCAUAAUGGUGAAAUCGCGUCCCUGAGGGAGGAAGUUGAAGUGUUUUACAGCUAAGUACAUAGCCAGAAGUUCGCGUCCGAAGGUGCUAUAACGCUCUUGAGUUGAUGAUAAUCGUUUGGAGAAGAACGUUAUAGGAGUAAUCUUGCCGUUAACGCGUUACUGUAAUACUGCUCCUACUGCUUUUUGGGAGGCGUCAGUGCAGAGGAUGAGGUUUGUUGUGGGAUCGGUGUUUAGGUGCUGUAGCAUGGUAGCAUUGGAUAUCAUCAACUUUGCUUUCUCGAAUGCUGUUUUGGCGUCAGGGGGUAGGUUGAAUGUCUGACUCUUCUCUCUCUUCGUACCUUUUUUGUCGGCUUUCAGCAGAUCGGUUAAUGGCCGUAAUACUUCAGCACAACGUGGUAAGAAGCGGCGAUAAAAAUUACACAUACCGAGGAAGCGUCGUGAUGACUUCACCGAGGUUGGUUCGGGGUAGUUAGUAAUAUCUUCAACUUUCGUCCGAAGUGGUUUGAUCCCUUGUGAGUCGAUGUAAUGUCCCAAAAACUCUAAGGCUGGGACUGCGGAUAUGCAUUUCGAAGGAUUGAUGACAACACCAUGUUUUUAAAACGAUCAAAAAGGAUCUGGACAUGUUGGAUGUGCUCUUCUAAAGAUGAGCUUGCAAUCAGAACAUCGUCGAUGUAGGCAAACACGAAAUCAAGGCCUCUUGUUACGUCAUCCAUGAAGCGUUGGAAUGUCUGCGCAGCGUUUUUCAGUCCGAAUGGCAUCCUUAGAAACUCAAACAAACCAAAAGGUGUGAUUAUGGCUGUUUUCUCGAUGUCUUCUGGUGCCAUCGGAAUUUGAUGGUAUGCGCACACGAGGUCAAGUUUCGAGAAGAUGCAUUUACCAUGUAAAUUUAACGAGAAGUCAUGUAUAUGAGGGAUAGGGGACCUAUCAGGGAUGGUUUGAUUAUUCAUACGGCGAUAGUCACCACACGGACGCCAAUCUUGGUCUUUCUUUGGUACCAUGUGUAACGGCGAGGCCCAAGGGCUGUUGGAUGGUCUGAUAAUACCAAGUUGCAUCAUAUGUUCGAAUUCUCUUUUAGCUACUUGCAACUUGCUUGGCGGUAGUCUCCUCACCCUGGCGCUAAUAGGUGGACCGGUGGUAAUGAUGUGGUGUUGCACCUGAUGUGGAUUACAUUCCCUUUGAUAAUCUGAUCUCGUGAUGCAUUCGUAUUCUGACAGAAUGUCGUUGAAAACGUUGUUCGCAGGUUUCAUUAUCCGUACUCCAUGGAUUUCAUAGUCGUUGGAAGGUGUACCAUCUACUUGUAAACGUGUAUUUGCGUCGAUUAAUCUCUUCUUGGUCAUAUCUACUAACAAAUUGUAGGCACUGAGGAAAUCAGCUUCGAGGAUGGGUCGUUUGACUUGGGCAACUAUAAAAACCCAUGUGAAUCGUCUUCGGAGUCCGAGGUCUAAUAUAAGAGGUCGCUCUCCGUAAGUUUUGAUAAUUGAUUCGUUAGCCGCAAUGAGAGACAGCUUAGUGUUUGUUGUCUUCGGGAGAGGUGAAGUGGGAUAAUGCUAAUUUCUGCUCCUGUAUCGACUAAAAAAUCCGAGCCAGAAAUGCAAUCCCUGAUGUAAAAGAGACGGCUAACUUGUUGGCCAGUAACAGACGCCGCCAUUACUGUCUGGCCGGCUCGUUUCCCUGAUAAUCUGGCUUGUUUGUCGUGAAGUUGCACGGUUUAGUGCAACGACGUGCUUUCUCUCCAUAAUUCGAGUGAUACCAACAAAUGUCAGCUGCCCGUUUGGAUGACCUAGUGCUUGAUCGGUUUCUCGAGAUCGAUCUGCUGGGACGAGAGUGGAUCGUGGCAAUGCUCGCCUGCAACGAUGCUAAUUGCUGAGUUAAGUGUGCUAUUUGCUGCUGAAUGUCCAGAGGGGGUUCAUCGUGUCUCUACUAGAGGUUUGUAGUGCAUUCAAACACCGACUGUCGGAAUAAAUCUCCAUCAUCUUGUCUGCCAUAUCAGCUAGAUCGUCGAGAUUGACGGAGGUUCCUGAUACGCUGAGAAUUUGGGUGACGUUCUGUGGUAAACGUUGAAACCACAUCUGUUUAAGUAAUGCGUCGUCUACCUUAUAUGACCCUGCUAAAUGUUUCAUAUGCCGGAGUAAUUGCGAGGGUCUCUUGUCCCCCAAUUCACAAGACGUUAGCAACUGAUGCAGUCUCCUCUCGUCUGAAACCGAGGUGCGUUGGAUUACGGCUGUCUUUAUUUUAUCAUAAGGUUCUGAUUCUGGUACAUGGUCGAUCAAGUCUCCUACUUCAGCAGCAAUCUCUAUGGGGAGUGCGCCAACUACAUAUGCAUACUUUGUUGCCUGUGAUCGUAUGCCUCGUGCCAUAAAUAAUGCGUCGACUUGUGCAAACCAGAUUCUGGGAUUAUUUACACCUUAUGUUGGUAAUCUUAACUCUGAAAUUGCGUUGAUCGAGUUUAAAGAAUUAUCUUCUGCUUGUGAAGCGUUAAAGGGAUUGGUCAGUGGACUAUCUAUAUCUAUGAGUAUACCAGAAGAGUUCAUGAUGGCAAAAAUAAAAAAUAUGGUGUCGUGUCAAGUGAUAAUAAUUAUUUAAA